UUGUGUUUUAAAGGCGUUGUUCAUCAUCAUUUUCGGGCUAUUCGUGUGAAAAGUAAUAAAUUUAUCGGAGAAAACGAUUUAAAAUAAAUUUAAUUUUGCAGGAAUUUGCCUACAAAGAAAAUACUGGUAGGAAGGCAAUUUAAUAGGACCAUUCACAUUUUUUUGUCCCAGUUGUCGAUUUUGUCGAGUGUGCGACUGUAAAAUACUUCAAAUUGUAACCAAUGACGACGAUUCGAAAAAAGUUGGUGAUUGUCGGCGAUGGUGCCUGUGGUAAGACUUGUCUUCUAAUUGUUUUUAGUAAAGAUCAGUUUCCCGAGGUAUAUGUUCCAACGGUUUUUGAAAACUACGUUGCGGAUAUUGAAGUUGACGGUAAACAAGUUGAGUUGGCCUUAUGGGACACUGCUGGGCAAGAAGAUUAUGACAGACUUCGACCAUUAAGUUACCCAGAUACGGAUGUCAUUCUGAUGUGCUUUUCGGUGGAUUCGCCUGAUUCAUUAGAGAAUAUUCCCGAAAAAUGGACUCCAGAGGUUAAACAUUUUUGUCCAAAUGUUCCCAUAAUUUUGGUGGGCAAUAAAAAGGAUUUGCGAAAUGAUCCCAACACUAUUCGUGAUCUGGCCAAAAUGAAACAGGAGCCUGUUAAGCCUCAGGAGGGUCGUGCUAUGGCUGAGAAAAUCAAUGCCUUUGCUUAUUUGGAAUGUUCAGCUAAGUCUAAGGAAGGUGUAAGAGAUGUCUUCGAAACGGCUACCAGGGCUGCAUUACAAGUCAAGAAGAGGAAGAAGACCAAAUGCCUUUUGCUCUAAAAGAGCAAGCCUAUACAAAACAUGUUACACGUAAAACAAGGCAAAACCACGCACUCCCGAUUUUUUUAUUUCCUCUUUUUAAACGAGCGUCAUCAAAUGUUUUUGAUUGAAUUCUUGAUCAUGAUUAAUUGAUUAUUAAUUAAUAAUCGUAUUUUAUUUAAAUGAAACUAUUAUAUAUUGUAAACAUGUAUUUAGCAGUAAACGAAUAAUGUAGAAAUCUAAUUAUACACUAUGCAUUGGAGGAAAAAAUAUUUGAGAGAUCCUGAUAAUUAAGAAUCAAAAAAAAAACGGCAAUUGGGAACUGUAGGUUUUAAAAUAGGAGAGGUAUUUGUGGGUUAAAAAGUGGGAACUGCAACAAAUCUGCAAAAUCUGCAUGCAUACACGCACAUAUGCACAAACACGAGAGUGCAAGCAGCAAGAAAAUCAUUUCUAAAUAUCAAAACAAUAUUUUUGAAUGCAUUAGUAUAGAUUUUGUUGUCUCCAUUUUUUGUUUUUGAAAUACAAUAAGUAAUAUAAAAACAAAAGAAUAAACAACCACCAAAAACAACAAAAAAUAAGUAUUUGUGAAUUUUGCUACAUUUUACUACCAGUAAUAAAUACUAAGAAGAUCGAUGGUAAUAAUUUUGUAAUAUUUAAAACAAAACACGAAACCUACCAUUUUGAAGAAAAAUGUCUUAUAUAAAAAUUUUAAAACUACGGUUUAUAUAAACAACAAAAUAUAAUAUAUAAAAAAUCGACGCAUCCAUUUUUCCAGAUAACUUAAUGUUUAGCAAUGAGACCAUCUAAAAAAAAACAUAAGUAUUUUAAUAAUAAAUAAAACGAAUAAAAAUAUAA